AUGUCUAACGUUAUGCAAUGGGCUAGCUGUUUGCUGCUCGAUGUUGGUGAAGAUGCUGCUGCAUGCGGCUUAGUACAGCAGCUAGCAGAUGCUGCUCUAUCUUUAUUAUCCUCUCGCUUUGCUGGAGACCCGAAGCAUAUUGCUGCUGUAUUAACAUACGGCAGCAGCAACACACACAACCCACUUGCAGCAGCAGCAGCAGCAGCAGCAGCAGCAGGACCAGCAGGACCAGCAGCAGCAGCAGCAGGACCAGCAGGAGCAGCAGCAGCAGCAGAUGCAGCAUAUGCACAUGUAGAGAUCAUGGGCUGCGUUUUUUAUUUGUUUAGCGGCCCCCAGCCUUUUCAAUUCGACGGCGACGCCUGGGAAGUUCGCAGACAUAUGAAAGAAGCAAACAUACACCUCGUCCGCAUACUACCAGGGCCUUCAUCUAUUCCUCCCGCUCCUGCUGCUCCUGCUGCUGCUCCUGCUGCUGCUGCUGCUGCUGCUGCUGCUGCUGAUGGUGCUCCGUUCUCAUUUUUUGAUUUGGAUGUGUCUUUAGAUAACUUUCAGCGUUUGUGUUUAUCUCGCAUAAUAACAAAAGCGAAGAAGACAACAGCAAAAGCUCAUCUUGCUUUUUGGUUGUCUCCUUCAAUUCAUUUAAAAGUUACAGAUGCAGCAGAUGCAGCAGCAGCAGCAGAUGAUGAUGAUAAUGAUGCAGCAGCAGCAGCAGCAGGAGCAGCAGAUGAUGAUGAUGAUGUUGCUUUUGCUUUUCCUUGUGGGGGGCAGCUUGUUCCGGUCUCUGCAUUUGAUUUACAAACUUUUUUUAAUUUAAAAACAAAAAAAGAAAUUAAAUUAAUUGCAAUCGUCAACAGACAAAACAUCAAAAGAUGGUGGUUUGUAGGCAGCAGCGAGUUGGUGACUGCAGCAGCAGCAGAUACUCUUUCUCAAUUUGCAUUUACUUGUUUAUAUUAUUCUUGUCUUCGUUUAAAUGCAGCUCUCUUAUGCCGAUACACCCCAAGAGAUAAUGCAUUACCGAGGCCUGUCCUCCUUAUCCCCAGAGGUUCUUUUGUAGAUCAGCAGCAGCAGCAGCAGCAGCAGCAGCAGCUGGGAGAGCAGCAGCAGCAGCAGCAGCAGCAGCAGGUGCAGCAUGCGUUUUGUUUAGUUCAUCUUCCUUUUUCGGAGGACAUUUCUUAUCCUUCUUUGGCUGCUCCUGUGAGUUGCAGUGCUGCAGAAGUUAAAGCAAUAGAAAAAGCUAUUGAUGCUCUUCAGUUGUCUCUAUCUGCUGCUGCUCCUGCUGCUGCUGCUGCUGCUGGAACCCCCUUCUUAGGAUGUGGCUGUACAGACACCGCCAUCUGCAUGCAUUUGCAUCCGCUCUGCAGCGCUGCUGCAGCAAACCCCAGCAGCAGCAGCAGCAGCAGCAACAGCAACAACAGCAGCAGCAACAGCAACGGCGAAAAUAACAACAACGGCAACAACAACAACAGCAGCAACAGCAGCAGCAGCAGCAGCAGCAGCAGAAGCAGCGUGUUCUCAUCUCCAGACGCCCCAACAUUUGUGCCUGCUUCUUGCAGGGCUUUUACUGCUGCUUCUGCUUCUGCUGCUGCUCCUGCUGCUGCUGCUGCUUCUGCUGCUGCUUCUGCUGCUGCUGCUGAUGGUCUCUUCAAUCCGCUGGAGGUUUCAAACCCAACGUCGCAAUUCUUUCUGAGGUUAAUUGCAAAUAAAAUACUUGCUAUAGCGCGAGGCAAACAGCAGCAGCAGCAGCAGCAGCAGCAGCAGGACGGGCAGAAGAAGGAGCUGCUGCAGCUGCUGCAGCAGCAGCAGCAGAAGGGUGAGGCUGAGUAUGACGAUAGGAUCAACGCUAUAGAUGAACUCUUUGCUCGUGCUGCGUCUCCUGCGGAGGUAGCAGCAGCUGCAGCAGCAGCAACAGCAAGAGCAGCAGCAGGAACAGCAGCAGGAGGAGCAGCAGCAGAUUCUGGACCGGAGCAUGGACGAGCAGCAAAACACUCAGGGGUAUUUGCUGCUGUUGCUUCUCUCUUUCCUCUGGUGGCUGAGGGGCCCCUGCGAGAUGCUGCUGCUUCUGCUGCUGCUGCUGCUGCAGCACGAAGAGCAGCAGCAGCUGCCCUAUCGAAGGAGUUUACUCGAAAAGAAAAUAUCCUGCAGCUAAACGAAGUGAAGCUGCAGCAAUCACAGCAACCUACAGAGACACCGCAAUCUGCUGCGGCUGACCCGCAGCAGCAGCAGCAGCAGCAACAGCAACAGCAGCAGGAGCAGCAGCGGCAGGAAGAGCUGCAGCAGCAGCAAAAGAAGCAGCAACUGCUGCAGCAGUAUGCAGUAAGAUCUAUUAACCCUGUGCAAGACUUCGAAUCGAUGUUAAAUAUAAAAGAAGCAGAUCUAACAGACAAAGCCAUCGUAGAAAUGAAGCAAAUAAUACUUCAGCUGCUGCAGCGUGCUGGUGAACACCAUCUAGCUGCUACUGCUACUGCUGCUGCUGCUGCUGCUCCUGUUGCUCCUGCUGCUGCUCCAGCAGAAGCAGCAGCAGGCGGUGUGCACUGCCAGCAGCAGGUGAAACACCAGGAACCGCAACAACAGCAGCAGCAGCAGCAGCAACAGCAGCAGCAGCAGCAGCAGCAGCAGCAGCAGGUUGGCUGCAUGCCACUGCGUUAUUUAGUGCGGGCUAUGCUUUGUCUGGAGGCGCUGAGGAGUGGCUGUGCGAGAGAAUUAGAGGGACGAGCAUUUAACGUCUUCUUGCUGCAGCUGCGGCAGCUGCAGCAGCAAGCAGCAGCAGCAGAAACAGCAGCAGCACCAGCAGCAGAAACAGCAGCAGCACCAGCAGCAGGAACAGCACCAGCAGCACCAGCAUUAGCAACAGCAACAGCACCAGCAGCAGCAACAGCAGCAGCAGCAACAGCAGCAGCAGCAGCAGCAGCAGGGUGUCAGGCGCUGCAGAUAGGAGCGAGUCUUUUUUGGGAUUUGUUUGUAAAUAAAAGAAAAAUAUAUUUAAUUACAACAGAAGAAGACCCGCAUGCAGAUGUUUCACCAGAGAAGGCAGGGAGUAUAUACACCGCAUCGCUGCAUGAACUGCAGCAGCUGCUGCAGCAGCAGCAGCCACAGCAGCAGCAGCAGCAACAGCAGCAGCAACAACAGCAGCAGCAAGACGUGCUGGACUUGAUUGAAUAA